AUGGCGGGCAACGUGGACCUCAGCUCUGAGUAUGAGAUGCGGGAGCAGAUCGGCAAGGGCGCGUUUGGCGCGGCGUUCCUGGUACUGCAUAAGGAGACGCGCAAGCAGUACGUGCUCAAGCGCGUGCGGCUGGCAAAGCAGACCAACUGGCAGCGCAACAGCACCCUGCAAGAGCGGGACAUGGUGUCCAAGCUGCAGCACCCCUACAUCGUGCCCCACGUCACCAGCUGGAUCACCCAGGGCCACACCGUCAACGUGGUGUAUGGGUACUGCGAAAAGGGUGACCUUGCAACCCUCAUGGCCAAGAACAACGGCACCCCCUUCCCAGAGGCGACGUUGAAGCUGUGGCUGUGCCAGAUGCUGCUGGCCCUUGAGUACCUACAGGUUCAAAAGGUUCUGCACAGGGACAUCAAGACAGGCAACAUCUUCCUGACAGCGGCGGGGGACGUGCAGUUGGGCGACUUUGGCCUGGCCACCUACCGCGAGACGGAGGGGGACAGGCCUGAGGACAUGAACCUAGUGGGCACGCCGCACUACAUGAGCCCCGAGCUGCUGAGUCAGAAGGGCUGCAGCUUCAAGAGCGACACCUGGUCCCUGGGCUGUGCACUGUACGAGCUCACCGCGCAGCGCCCCGCCUUCAACGCCUUCAACAUCCACGGCCUCGUCACCAAGAUUCGCCGCCACCGCAUGGCGCCGCUGCCGCCGGGCUACAGCGCGGAGUGGGGCGGCCUCGUCGCGCU